AUAUAUCAUCUAGAUUGCCUCCAUUUGUUCCCAUCCAUAUACUGUAUUUAGCAUGGCAACAGCAACAAUAUUAGCUACGCCUGGGCAUGGAGUAGUACCAUGCAAACCAAAUACUACUGGCAACUACUGCUUCUACAAAGCAUCAUCAGCUAAAACAAGAGGCAGCCUACGAGUGAUCAUGAAGCGGAGGUGCAUGAGCAGUGCGAGCAGGGGGACCAUGGACGUCGUUACGCGGGAGGAGGAGGAGGAGGAAUGGAUGGGGUACCUGGCACCGGAGAGGCUGGAGGUCUUGGCGCAGCUGGAGCCGUGGGCGGAGGCGCACGUGCUGCCGCUGCUGAAGCCGGCGGAGGAGGCGUGGCAGCCCUCAGACCUGCUCCCGGACACGGCGGCGCUGGGCGCGGAUGGCUUCCACGCAGCGUGCCUCGAGCUCCGCGAGCGAGCGGCCGGCGUGCCGGACCCGUACCUCGUGUGCCUGGUGGGCAACAUGGUGACGGAGGAAGCGCUGCCCACGUACCAGAGCAUGCUGAACCGCUUCGAGGCCGUGCGCGACCUCACCGGCGCCGACGGCACCGCCUGGGCGCGCUGGAUCCGCGGCUGGUCCGCCGAGGAGAACCGCCACGGAGACGUGCUCAGUCGAUACUUGUACCUCUCCGGGCGCGUCGACAUGCGCCAAGUGGAGCGCACCGUGCACAACCUCAUUGGCUCCGGCAUGGCCCUGCACGCCGCCAGGAGCCCCUAUCACGGUUUCAUCUACGCCGCCUUCCAGGAGCGCGCGACAGCCAUCUCGCACGGCAACACGGCGCGCCACGUCGGCGCGCACGGCGAAGCCGCCCUCGCCCGUGUCUGCGGCGCCAUCAUGGCCGACGAGAAGCGGCACGAGGCCGCCUACACUCGCAUCGUCGGAAAACUCUUCGAGGUUGACCCGGACGCUGCCGUGCGCGCCUUUGCGUACAUGAUGCGCCGCCGGAUCACCAUGCCGGCCGCGCUCAUGACCGACGGUCGCGACGACGACCUCUUCGCCCACUACGCCGCCGCCGCUCAGCAGACCGGAGUGUACACGGCCGCUGACUACCGCAGAAUCGUGGAGCACCUGAUACGGCAGUGGCGCGUGGAGGAGCUCGCGGCGGGGCUUUCCAGCGAAGGGAGGCGCGCGCGGGACUACGUGUGCCGGCUGCCGCAGAAGAUACGGAGGAUGGAGGUGAAGGCCCAUGACAGGGCGGCCGAGGCCCAAAAGAAGCCUACGCCUAUCCCGUUAAGCUGGAUCUUCGAUAGGCCCGUCAGUGUCAUGCUGCCAUGAUUAUUUAAAAUAAUUCCCCUCAAA